AUGAGCAGGGCGCAGCUGACGCGGACGGGGAUCCUGCGGAUGGCGCUGGGCGGUGGUGGCGGCGGAGCCGGCGACCCGCUGCUGGCGGCGGAGGGCGGGGAGGGCCGGCGGGCUCCCUUCCUGCUGCGGGCCCUGCGCAUCGCCCUGGUGGUCUGCCUCUACUGGUUCACCUCUAUCGCCAUGGUCUUCCUCAACAAGUACCUGCUGGACAGCCCCUCGCUGCGCCUCGACGCCCCCAUCUUCGUCACCUUCUUCCAGUGUGCCCUGACGGCCGCCCUCUGCCUGGGCCUCAGCAUGGGGGCGGCCUGCGGGCCCCCCUGCUCCGGCCUGCCCACCCUCCGCCUCGACCCCAAGGUGUCCCGCAGCGUCCUGCCCCUCUCUGCCGUCUUCAUCGGCAUGGUCACCUCCAACAACCUCUGCCUCAAGUAUGUCGGCGUGGCCUUCUACAACGUGGGACGCUCCCUCACCACCGUCUUCAACGUGCUGCUCUCCUACCUGCUCCUCAAGCAGACCACCUCCCUCUACGCCCUGCUGGCCUGUGGAGUCAUCAUAGGUGGCUUCUGGCUGGGUGUUGACCAGGAAGGAGCAGAGGGCACUCUGUCAUGGACAGGUAUAUUCUUUGGGAUCCUGGCAAGCCUGUGUGUCUCGCUCAAUGCCAUCUACACCAAGAAGGUGCUGCCUGUGGUGGAUGGUAGCAUUUGGCGCCUGACCUUCUACAACAACGUCAAUGCUUGUGUCCUCUUCUUCCCUCUCAUGAUGCUGCUGGGCGAGUUCCGCACCCUCUACCACUUUGACAAGCUGGGGAACCCCAGUUUUUGGGGUAUGAUGACCCUGGGAGGACUGUUUGGCUUUGCCAUUGGGUACGUGGCUGGACUUCAGAUCAAGUUCACCAGCCCGCUCACCCACAACGUGUCUGGGACAGCCAAGGCCUGUGCCCAAACGGUGCUGGCUGUUAUCUACUUUGAGGAGACAAAGAGCCUCUUGUGGUGGACGAGUAACUUGAUGGUUCUGGGUGGCUCCUUUGCCUACACGUGGGUGAAAGGACUGGAGAUGAGAAAGGUGCAAGAAGAUACUAGUGUCAAAAGCAGCGAAAGAAAUGAGACUGGUGUGUAGGUCGCUCCAACACCUUCAUUUCUGUGCCCAGGGGGGGUUAACCUUUGGUGCUCCUUUCCUCCUGGGGAGAAGAGGAGCAAGGAGCAGGAAAGAAUUGACCUGCAAAGUGUAUGGGGAACUGUGUCAGGAACCAGAGCCAAAGGCCUGACUGGAUCAUGUUUUAUCCAUGGGAUCUUGCCCUGUAUUGAACUUGGGGAGAGCAUGUCUUGUAGAGAGCAAUCAGGUUUUUUUUUUUGUGAUCGUUUUUUAAAAUGAAUGUUGCUAUUGACCUAA